AUGAGCCUGCACUCAAUACUCGGAGUCUCGCGCGUCACCAAAAAGAAAGCAUCUUCGUCAAGCAAGUCACGUUCGUCGUCCUCGGCAUCAGCAUGGACGUCGUCACUGCCGCGCACAAAGCCCGGCAGCAAAAAGAGCAACUUGCUCAAACAUGACGAUGACGACGACGACCACGGGCGCAACUAUGGCGGUCAUUACGAUGUACAGGAGAGACUCGACAACACCGGCCCCAUCCGCGCACUUCUUCCCCCGUCCGCCGCCGGCCCCAGCAACGACAUAACCCACACGCACCGCUCCAUCCGCGCGCGCAUGUUCGACCCCGUCCCCGACCGCGCCGCCGGCAUGAACUCGACUCGCAUCGCCGCCGUCCUGCAGUUCCGCGCAGCGCUUCCGCCCGUGGUCUCGGCGGCGCACAUCGCCGCGCUGCGUGCCACCGGCAGUAGCCCCGCGGCCGCCGAGCGCGAGCUCGCCCGUCUCGUCCGCGCUAGCGUCGCGCGCCGCGUCGUCGUCCCCACCCGCGGCGCCAUCGGCGAGCUGGUCAUGCUGGCUGGCGACCUCGAGGCCCUGGUUCGAGGCUCUGCCGCCGUGGACCCGCAGACCCGCGCGGCUUUCGUCUCGUGGCUCGCCGAGAACCCCGCCGCGCUGACGCUUCGCGGCCCGGAGGCGGCGGGGCUGUCGGCGGCUCAGGUCGACCAGCUCGUCCGCGCCGGAUUCCUUACGGCCCAGCUCGGCGCCGCGCAGACAGGCGUCUACGCCCGUCCCGACGAGCGCUACACCAUGAUCAGUGUCGAGACGGUCGCGCGCGCUGCUGCCGGGUCGAUGGCGGCUGUCGGCGGCGACGGCGUCCUGCAUGCUGCCGGCGGGACGGGCGCCCGGUGCAUGGCCGGCCCGUCAUCGUCGGGAGCAGCGGCGGGUGCGGCGCUCAAUGUGGCCGUCCCGGGAUGCGGAGCGCUCCUCAAGCUCGUCGCCGCUGCACUCGCACACCUCGCCGAGCUGCUACAGAAGACGCGGUAUCGCGAGAUGCCUGAGCGGGACCUCCGCGAGAAGUGGGACGGUGGCAUCGCGGGCGACAAAGAGGCCGCCGCCGCUAAGAAGGCCCGCGGCGAGUUCGCCGGCAUCCUGCCCGGCCGCACAAAGAAAUGGCGCCAGUUCGACGGCCUCGCGUUCGAGUGGGUUUUGCACGAGGCUGUGGGCACCGGGCUGGUCGAGGUCUUUGACACAAGGAGCGUCGGCCGUGGCGUGCGCUUGGUCUGA